UCGGUUAUCGUCUGUGAGAUAACAAAACCCCAUCCCGGCAGAAGCAUGGUCGGCGCUCUGGGCUUCGUGUCGUACGAUUUCGUGUUAUGCUCCGUGUGUGUUGUGGUGGUGGGCUUGAUGACGCUCUUCCUCCUGAUGGUGUGUAUGCUGAGCGUGGCGGUCAACGAGCACCGCAGUCGCAUGUGAGGUGCGGCAUGGAGCCGCACCGGCCUCGCUCGCCAUGGCGGAGAGCCGCCCUGCUGCGGCAGGAGGACCGCCAGGGGCACAGGGUCGCCGACGGGCUCGAUGUCUGCUCGCCCCGGCAGUACGACCGGCAUAUCCGCCGCAUCAGAGAGGAGCAGGAAAGAGUGCAGAAAAAAGUUUUUACAAAUUGGACCAACCAUUAUUUAGCUCAGCAUGAUCCUCCCAUGCGAGUUGAUGAUUUAAUCGAGGACUUGAGAGAUGGUGCCAAACUCAUCGCACUCAUCGAACACCUUUCUGGCGAACGUUUGCAUGGAGAAAGGGGGAGGCGUUUGCGAAGACCACAUUUCCUCAGCAAUGUUAACCAAGUCUUGCAGUAUUUGGAAAGAAAAAGGAUAAAACUUGUAAAUAUCAAUGCCACUGAUAUUGUGGAUGGGAAGCCAGCAAUUACUUUAGGAUUAAUUUGGACUAUUAUCCUACACUUCCAGAUUGAAGAAAAGACAAAACUUCUGACGGAACAGAUGGCUUACCUGCAGACUUGUGCCAGCAGUACCAGUAGCCUGGAUAGUGUUGGUGCUCAAAGUCCCAUGCCUUACUUGGAAUCUUCACCUCAAAAGCUAUUGGGCACCGCUCCUGCGGCGGCAACAAAACCGAGCCCAGCCGACAGGUGGAAGGGUGGGGCACGGAAAGCCCUUCUCCACUGGGUCAAGAACAGUAUCAGUCAGCGUUUUGGAGUGCAAGUGACUAAUUUCGGCAGCUGUUGGCGAGAUGGCUGGGCUUUUCUGGCAAUCAUACACAGGAUCCGUCCUGGGCUGGUGAAUAUGGAUGCCUUGCAGAAUGUGAGCAAUAUAGAGAGGCUCGACACCGCAUUUAGAAUAGCAGAAACAGAGCUUGGAAUUGCUAGGUUUUUAGAUCCAGAAGAUGUUGAUGUUCCCUAUCCAGAUGAAAAAUCAAUCAUGACAUAUGUAGCACAGUUUUUGCACUUAUACCCAGAAACAUAUGCAUCAGCAGACUUAGAAGAUGUGGAUCUCACCCAAAGCAGUGAUUUGGAGAUUUUGUCUCUAUGGUUAGACAGAGCAGAAACAGUAUUAGCUAGUCAUAAAAGUCCCAGUGUGGAUUACAAAACACAGUAUCAUCAUUUCCAUUCCUUGAAAUCGGAAAUGAAGAAUUACCGAGACAUUUACGAACGACUGCGAUCGAAAGCAAGCUCGUCUUACGACGCAGAUUUAAAGGCUGCAUGGCCGAUCGUUCUCCAGAGGUGGGCCAAAGUGGAGAAGGAAUUGAUAGAUUGGCAACGCUACUUAGACGGAUCAUUGACUGGUGUCUUCGAGCAGCUGAGCAGGUGGUUGACAGAGGCAGAAACGAAAGUGUCAUCUCCUCUCUUACCAGUUAUGGACAGUUCUAAUAUGUUGGCCACAGUGAAAAGAGCUUUGGAUGAUCACACAGAAUUUUUUAAACCACUAGACGGGUACUUCAAAUACUUACAAAAUUGGCAGCAAUUUCCAGAAGCUGCUUACGUUGUACCAGAACACAUAGAUGACCUGCAAAAAAGGCUUGAGAAUGUAUCAGUUCUUUCACAUCGUCGAUUGGUCAAACUGCAGCUGGAGAAUGCUCGAUAUAACCUCUUGGAAUUAUUGUCAGAUGUAGAAAACCAUUUGAAGAAAUGGAAUCAAAAGUAUGGGUAUCAGAAGGAAGUUCAAGCAAUUUAUCAAGAAUAUAAAACUUUUGUUGAAGAGAAAAGAAUUUUCGAAGAGUAUGAUAAACGUUAUGCCUUGAUUGGAACAAACGUGGAAACGUGUCAAUAUGUUGGAGCUCUAGGUGCCAAAGAGAGGGACAAGCUGGAAAAAUUUCUAGCAGACGUUGAUGGCCUAUGGAAGAAAAUGAUGGUUGAACUGCAUUCAGUGGGUAAUACUUCCCAAGAGGUUUUGAAUCAAUGGCAAAGGUAUUCAAAUGGUCUCCAGCCAUUAAUGAAAUGGCUUGACCAAGCAGAACUGGCUCUCAGAAAGGAUGCUGAAUACCAGCUGGAUUUCUUUCAAGACCUUGCUUCCUGGCAAGAGAGUAAAAUUAAAGUCACAGAAUCUGGAGACUAUCUGGCAGCUACUUGCAGGGAAGAUAUCUCUCAGAAUGUGAAGCAAACUGUUGCCAUGAUUAGAGAGAAAUGGGAUAAACUUUUACCCCAUAUUCAAGAAUUUUUACAUUCUGGGGAAAUUUUAAGAUCAAGGCAUACUUUUCAUAAGAGUUUGAAAGAGCUUGAGAUGUGGAUAUUAAAUGCAGGAAAUGUUUUGAAUGAAACUGUUGUUUGCAAACCAGGAGAAUUAGAAAUGUACACUGAGAAACUUAAGAAACUUCAAUCUGAGUGGGAACAACACGACAAUCUCUUUAAGAAUGUUUCUAAGCAAAUGCACUCAGUAGUGACUCAUAUGACUGCUCCUGAAGUUGAGAAAAUCAUGCAUACUAUGAAAAAGGACAAGGAAUCUCUUCUAAGGAUCAAAUCUAAUUUGAUGUCCCGACUUCAAGCACUUUAUCAAUUGAUGGCACCUCAAGAAUCUUUGGAGAAGGGCUUAUCAGAAGUUUCUUACUGGUUGGAUGAAGCCGAAAGCAUCAUCGCAUCCUAUGGGAUACCGAGCUGUGCACAAGAAAUUGCAGCAUUGCAAGAGAAACAUAAGCUUUUCUUCUCACAUUCACCUGAGUAUAGAGCAAAAAUUAAGAGUCAAAAGAAUAUGUUCAAUAGCAUGAUGGAACAUACCAAAGGAAUGCCCAAUUUAGAUACUAGUCAUGUUCAACUUAGUAUAGCUAAUACAGAAGCUCGAUUUGAGAGCUGUUUGUCACUUGCAAAACAGUGGGAAAAUGCACUGAUGGAAGCAGCUCAGAGAUGGCAACAGUACUUUGCACACACCCACACUGUGAAGGAAAAGCUUCAGACUGCUGAGACAUACCUUAGCAAGAAACCUUCGGAUGAAAAACAACUGCAAGCACAAAAGGCAUUUUUCAGUAGCAUAAAUGAUUCUACAAUACGUGACCUCACAGCUUCCAGUGAUGCUGUUCUUGCAACACUUCCGCCUACGGAUCAAGGUCCCAUUAAAGAAGCUGUCCAAUCCUUGCAGAGAAGAUGGAAGGAGAUGACCGACCGAAUUCCGUGUCAUCUUCUGCAACAAGAAUUCCGGAUCAAAGAGCAAGAAUUCAAUGCUCAACUUCAAGAGAUGAAAGGGGAACUCAGAUCAGAGCAACAGAUGAUUGACAGUGGAAAAAGUGGAGAUGUGGUGAUGCAGAAACAUACGCAAUAUUUUACUCAACCAAGAAGGCAUCUAGCAAAAGAAUCACUGUACAAGUUAAAAAUCUUAUCAGAUGAGUACAAAUACGCAAAUACUAAGGAUCCAAGCAUGAGUGAUGCAUACGCUGCAGAUGAGAAGCAGUGGAAGCAAAUGGAGCAAGAAAUUGAAUCAUUUUUACAGGGGCUUCAGAAAUUGAGAGAAGAUUGGACUGAAUAUUGUCAGAGGUUCAAUGAACUUCUACAAUGGAUGGAUGAAGUUGAAAAGCACAUUAAAGUCAUCACAGAUGAUAUUUCAUCUUCCGGAGAAUUUGAGACAGUCAAGUCAAAAUUUUUGGGUGUGUGUGAAACUGUCGAUAGUAGACGAGAAGAUGUCAAAUGGCUAGUCAGGAAACUCGAGAGCUUGUUACCACACAUAUCAGAAGUCGAGGGAGCUGCAGAGCAAGACAAACUAGACAAACUCUUGGCUCGAUAUAAAACUCUUCUCCCACGAAUCGAAACCACGAUAAUGGUGACGGAAACCAUAACCAAGUGUUUCGUUUACCGGGAAGAAAUUACGGAAGUUAACCGAUGGUUGAGGGAGGUGAAAGCUGUCACGGAGAGUGUUGAAGAAACUACUUAUGAUGACCCGAAAAAGUUGUCUGAAAUGGUUCAGCAACAAGAAGCAAUUGUUCAACAGCUUGAAACUCAUUUGAACAAUGUAAAGUCAAGCAUAUACAAAGGAAAAGAAUUAAAAAAGCAGAAAAUGCAUCCAAAGUUCGUAGAGCAAGAUGUGGCUGACUUGGAAAAGAACUGGACAGAAGUAUAUGAGAAAGCUGUCCGAAAACUUGAUGUCCUUAAAGAUGCAUAUAAAUUGUGGGAUGAUUAUGACAAGCAAAAAGGAGAAAUAUUUCGUCUUCUAGAACUAGCAGAUGAAGAGUUGAAAAAAUUACGUAAAUCUUCUGAUUUACAGAAAAGCUCGAAGCAGUAUCAAGAACUUCAUGAAUCAACAGAAAAUAAUCUGAAAAAAUUCAAGACUGUCGGCCAAGAUUUGGCGCCUCGGCUGAGUCAACACCAGAGGCCAAUUUUAGAGAAAGAAGUGGUGGAGAUUGAGCAAAAGGUGUUGAUGGUGCUAUCCACCUUGCAAGAAAAUCUGAAAUACUUGGAGCGCUCUACGGAGAAGUGGACCAAGUUUAAUUUCAAGCUGGAAGGUUUCGUUUCGCAAAUAGAUGAUCUCAUCGAUAGGUUGAAGGGAAUAUUAUCUGAAUCAUUGCCACCGGAGGAUCGACUGAGAAAAUUGGAUGAGCUGCAUGUGGAGAUCAGAGACCAGAAGCAAGUGUUGCUGAACCUGGAAAAGGAAAGCGAGGAGUUGGCCGUGGAUCAGCCCGAAGGCAGCAAUGUGCGGGUGAUCAUUGGACAGUUGGGCAAGCUGAGGGACAGGCUCAGGACCUUGGAGGAGACUGUUGUCACCCAGAGGGGUAUUGUGUCGAAGAAUAUUGAUGCCCUGAAGAAUGUCAAGAAUUUGCUUAAGAAUGAAAGGGAGGAAUUGAAGGCAGCUGAAGUUAGGCUUGAAAAUGGCCCUCCUGUAGCUGUUACCUUAAAAGAAGCUUAUAGUAAGAAGGAAGAAAUCCAGGUCUUUUGUGAACACUGCCAUAGCAAAGUUGCUUACAUUUCUGAAAUUGGAACCCAAACAUGCGAAGAAGUAGCAGAUGCAGCUAUACAGUGCGAAUUCGCCGAAAUCCAGGAUCAGUGGAAGAACAUUGCUGAAACGAUCCAGCAAUGGAUAGAGCAACUGCAAAUAAUAAUUACCUCCUGGGAGGAUGUCACUGUUAAAUUAGAGAAAAUAUUAAAAUGGCUUGAUGUGACUGAAAAGAAAGUGAAAAGUGUUGCAUCUGUAAAUACAGUGAAGGUUGAAAAGUUGGAAGAGCUUAAAACUGUGUUAAAGAUCCCUGCUUCAGAGAUUGAGGAGCAGCGCAGCCAGCUCAGGAGAGCUAAUGAAGACAUUGAUGAACUGUCGAGGCAUCUCUCUCCAAAAGCUAUCAUGGCUCUGCACGCUCAGUCCUCUGAUAUCCAGAGGCGCAUCGACGAAAUCGGGGACACCAUUCGGGUGCAGAUGAUAAGGCUGGGCUCCAUCAUUUCGGAGCAGGACCAGUUGGUGAAGACGAUGGACAACUUCACUCAGUGGGAAGAGGACGUUAAGCUGCAGCUGCACAACUUUGAUGACAUUUUCAUGGACCAGAUAGAAGCUGUUCUCAAGAGCAUUCAGGUACUGAAGAUUGAAAAUGAUAACAGACAAAUUGAUUUCAAUAAUAUAUAUGACGAAGUGAAAAAACUGAGUGAUUCUUAUGAUUCAUCUGAAUUGGAACAAAUAUCCAUGUUAUAUUCCAAACUCUCUGAGCUUUACCAAAACACUGAGGAAUUAUUGUCCAAAAAACAGAAACUGCUCCAGAAGCUUCUUGAUUUUGAAGCAUGGAGAAAAGACAUGUGUGAAAACAUUGACCUUCUUAAACAAAAAAUUGAGGGUAAAAAGUACAAAGCUGAAGAUUUGGCAAUUAUCAGUGAAGAAUUGACAAAACUUCAGCGAGAAUUCGACAUUAAAUCCAGCCAGUUAUCCGAACUUGAUCAAAUAGCUCAAAGACUUAACCAAAUCAUUCGGGAUCGCACAACUUCUUUACCCAUGACUGUUGCCGAACGAUUGACUCACAUUCAAGUUCUUCUGAAAUCUGUGAGGGAACUUUUGGUGAAAGAGCAAGAUUCUUUAACAAAGCUCAAUAAAUCUUGGGAUGAAUUUAACAUUCAGCGCCUAUCCGUAUGUGAGUGGUUAGCUGAUGUUGAUAAAAAAAUUCAAGCUAUUCAUGAUUCCUCUACCAGCCAGUCUGAUUUCAUUAAAGAGCUUAAUGUCCUUCAAGAAAUGCACACAGAGAUGGAAAGUCGGACAGCUCAUUUCACCUCUGUCCACGAACUUGGUCGGUCUCUGAUUGAAGAAGAUUCUUCAGCAUUUGCCAUCAUUCAGGGAUAUCUAACGGCCUUAGAUAAACAGUGGGAAGAAGUGGCCGCAAAUCUUACACAAAAAGAAAAAUCUAUUAGUCGUUUAGUACAAUUGUGGAAAGAGAGUGACUCGUUAGAAAACCAGAUUUUAGAAGCAAUCAACAAUGCUAUGCAGUUGGUGAAAGUUUCUUCAUUUGCACCGAGCGAUUCAGUUCAAGUGUCCAAACUAUUAGAAAAUGCUAAGGCUGCAAAUGAUAUUUUGAAGUCUCAUCACUACGAGCUGGACAGUUACAUUCUCAAGAAUAAAGAGCUUACUGACAAGUUAACUCCCUUCCAAACAUUUGAUAAAUCAUCACUGGAGACCAAAUGCAAUCAGGUCCAGAAAAAGUGGCAGGAAGCUUGGAACUCAGUGGAGUCCCGGCUGCAAAACCUUGAAUCCCAAGUGGUGUUGUGGCAGCAGAUUGAUUUCGACAAGGAAGACAUACUCAAUUGGGUCACCGAGAUUUGUCGUUGCAUGGAGGAAUGCAUCAACAACUUAGAGAGUCGGGAGAAGUCGCAAAUGAUUCUUGACCGGUACAAUAACGAAAAGGAAUUCCAUUACCAGAACAAACAAGGGAUAUUUCAGAAGAUUCAGUCUCUUCAGGAACUAAAUGAUGGGAUGGAAAUUGCCACUUUGGCAUCUCUGAAGGAUGUCAUUGAGACACAUCUUCAAGAGGCAUCCAACUUGGCCAGCAGAUUACAGAGCUGCAUAUCAGAGCUCAGCAUAGAAGAAACAGAAUUGAAAAAGGCCCAGGAGGCGCUGAGCGAGUGGUUGCUUGCAAUGCGAGAUGCCGUGUCGAAAUGUGAAGAUGUGACUGCCAGCGAUGACAUUAUUUUGCAGAAUUUUGAAAACUGUAAUCAAUUACAACUUGAAAUAAAUGAUAACAAAAACAAGGUUGAAAGUCUGAACAGGAAAAUCAAUGAAUAUAAAGAGAAGCAUCCGCAUUUAGACAUCUCUUACCUUGACAAAGAAAAUGCCAGUUUACAGAAAAGAUAUGAAAAAUUAGUGAGCACAACUACAAAAGUAAUUAGCUUCUUAUCAUCUACAUUGGAACGACGUUAUCAAAUGACAUUGCAAGACUUCCAAAGGUGGUUAACAACUCAUGUGGAAAAAGUCUCAUCUUGUAAUCCUGAUUUUGCUGGUGAUCGUUACAGUCUUGAUUCAAAACUCAGCAUUUUGCAAGAAAUUGAAAGCAAUGUUCCUCAUGGUGAAAGCAAGAAAUUCAAACUUGAAUUAGCAUCCAGCAGCUUGCUUCAAGUCCUUCCCACAGAAAAGCAUCCAGAUAUCCAGUCCACACUUGACCAAGCCAACAACGAUUGGGAAUCUUUCACAGCCUCCAUUGCCAAUAACAGGACUUCCUUGCAAAAUCUCUUGAGCUUAUGGCAAAAAUAUGAAACCGAAUUCGAAACUUUUAGCUCCUGGCUCAAAGACAUGGAGUCAAAAGUGAAGAGUGAAACAUCUCAGCAAGUUGAUCUAGAUGAUAUCCAACAGCAGCUGUCUGUUAUAAUGGGUCUACAGAAAGAAGUUCAUUCCAAAAAACCACUUCUUGAUAGAUUACAUCAGACAAUGCAGCAAAUUAGCAAUGAAAAUCCUGAAGCUAGGCUGAAAACUCAAGUGUCACAACUAAAUUCUAGGUAUCAAGUCUUGGAUCGGAACUUGCAGGAAGCAAUAAGACGAUUGGAAGCACUUUUAAAAGUCAAGAAAGAUUACGAAACUGCAAAGACUGAGCUGCAGAAAUGGCUGAAUGAAAUGGAUCAAAGCUUGAAGCCCAAUCUCGAUGUUUCUGGAGAUAAAGCUACAUUGCAAUCAAAGCUCAACACCUUGAAGGAUUUGUUGUCCAAGAAAGAGCAACAUACUCCCAAGUUAUCUGCUGUGACUGAUGCUGGGGAGGUGAUCUACCUGAGCCUGAACAUGGAAGGGAGGGACCGAAUCCGUUCAGAAAUGAGGAACCUGCGAGACUCCUGGGAUGAAAAAUGGCAAAAAGUGAAUGCAGCUACGAAGAACAUCGAAUCAUCCCUGAUGGCUUGGGGUACUUUUGAAGAGAGCUGUAAACAAGUGGCUGUCUGGUUGAAUGAACUUCUGAACCAGCUGGGAACAAUUCAACUGAAAGCUACUCUAUCUGAAAAAAAGGCUCAACUACAAAGUUAUAAGGCUAUGUCACAGGGCAUCUCAGCUCACCAAGCAGUGAUAUCAAAGCUAAAAGAAAAAGCAAAAUCUUUACCUGAGUCAGCUCCGAAGCAUGAUGUUGAAGGAUUCCAGAAGCAGUAUGAUGAGUUGAUUGCAACUAUCAAAGAACGUGUUUCUGUUUGUGAUAAUCAUGUUGUGGAACAUGAGAAGUACAGGAUAAAACUCGAACAAUUCCAAGACUGGUUGCGUUCUCUGAAAGCUGCAGUUGACACCAAUAUUGAGCAUGGUGAUACUGAGGGUCUUAAGAUGAAACUUAUUGCAUUAUCUACUGUUCUGGCUUCCCUUGAAGAAGGAAGUGAAAAAUUGGAAGAGCUGCAGCUGAUGCUGAACGAAGUUCUGCUGCACACAGAUCCAAAAGGUCACGAAGCUCUGAACCUGGAACUUGAGCAAGAGAAGGAGCACUGGCAAUCGUUCUUGAAGCAGUGUCAGGGAGCUCGAGACAGUAUUUCUGAAGUGGUGAACGACCGAGGCAACUGUGACGAAACAAUUUCUGCGAUGGAGCAGUGGCUUGCCGAGAAAGAUCACUUGUUGAGGGAGCAGUGUUUGAAGGGCACACUAGAAGCUAAACAGACUCAACUUAAGUCAGUUAAGGAAUUGGAAAAUGAGAUCCUCACAAAGCAGACUGAUGUAAGCUCCUUACAUAGCCGAGUGGAACACUUGAGAGGGGAUGCCACUUUGAUUUCAAAAAUAUCCAAGAUCAUGACUAAAUAUCAAACAUUGAAAAAUACUGUCAAGGAUUCAGUCAGAAAGUGGGACCAGUAUGUGAAAGAGCAUGAAGUCUUCGAGGCAAAACUCUCAGAAAUCAUACAGGCUCUUGAAGAACCCGAAAGGAAAUUAAAAGAAAAUUCGAUUCUCAUUGGAGACAUGGCUGCAUUGCAAGAGCGCCGAUCUUUCUUGGAGGUAAAGUGUUUUCUUCUGUCACAGAAUUUAUGUCAUAUUGAAGCAACAAUUGAGCUUGGAGAAAGAUUGUACACUUCUACAUCUCCUGAAGGAAGAGAAAUUAUUCGACAAAAAAUAAGAAAUCUCCAGAAAACUUAUGAAACUCUUCAGGAAAAAUGCAACUCUGCUCUGAGAGCAAUAGAUUCUUGUCUGCAGAAAUUGAGCUCUUUUUUGCAAGGUCAGGAAAGGCUGUCCAAGUGGUUACUAGAAGUUGGCCUAUCUGUUCAGCAGCACACUGAACCAAAAUCUACCAUUCAAGAGAAAAGAGCUCAACUUCAAAGUCAGAAGAUUAUACAUCAAGAUAUCAUAUCCCAUAAGCCUUUGCUGGAUGUAGUCUGCGAGAAAGCCAAUGAGCUAAUAACAGUAACUGGCGACAAUUCCAUUCCUUCAUAUGUAGAAGAAGUGAAAAUGAUGUACAAUGCUAUGUGCACAAAAUCUGAGGGAUUGUUGAGUAAACUAAAAGAAAGCAUCAGUGACCACCAAACUUAUUUAGAUCGUUGCCAAGAAUUCCAAGAAUUUUUAUCCUCUAAUUAUAUGAAGCUGCAGGAGUGUAAAGACACCACUGGUGAAAAACGAAUUAUUGUUAGUCGAUUGGACAUGCUUAAAGAACUAAUCAGCAAAGAGCCUGAAAUUGACAAAAAAUUAACAGAUUUGGAGUUGCUGUGUUCUACUGUUUGUAAGAAUACCAGUGAGCAUGGAUGUGAAGUUAUCAGACAUGAACUAAAAGAACUUUCUGACUCUUGCAGUCAGUAUAAAGCAGCUGCUUCCGAAAGUAAACAUAACUUGGAGAAUAUUAUUCAACAGUGGCUCAGCUUUGAGAAGGAUAUCGAUUCUUUGAAUACAUGGUUCAAAGACAUUGAUUCUUCACUGAAACAGCCGCAGUUGCAGUCAACUUUACAAGAGAAGGAAUCUCAAUUAGCUUUUAUUAAGGACUUAAAUGAAAAGAUAAUGUCAAAGCAGAAAGAUCUGGAUAGUCUUACUGAUGAGGCUCAUUCUCUCACUCACUCAUCAGGAGUGGAAAGCAUCAAGUUUCAAGUGUCUCAACUGAAUGCUCGGUAUCAAAAUCUGGUCUCAUUGGUUAAGACACUAUUGCUUCGAUGGGAGGCAAUCCUUCAAGACCAUGCUGCUUAUGAACGAAAAGCAGAUGAGUUUUCAGAAUGGCUGGCAUCUGGACAAAAAGUGUUGACAGAACUAGAAACUGAAGAGAGUCUUGAGCAAAGCAUGAUAAAAUUGCAGGUUCUGGUGAAUGAUAAAAUCGUGGGUGAGCAAUUGCUGACAGAAACAGUUACAGCAGGCGAGAGACUUUAUCAAGAUACUGCUGCUCCUGGACGGGAAAUGAUCAGACAAAGGUUGCGAGAACUGCGAGAUAAAUUUGAUCUUUUCUCAAACAGUAUGUUGGAGUUACAACGCCAAUUAGAUAGUUUGAAUCAACAUUGGGUCAGUUUUAAGGACACAUUUAAGCUUAUCUUAAAUUGGAUGAAUAGUACUGAAAAAACUCUUUCAUCUGAUGAUGUUAAUCUACCUUCAUUGCAAGAUCUGUCUCCUAGACUUUUGAAGUAUAAGGCACUGCAGCAAGAGACAGAGCUAUACAAACGUCAAUUAGAUGUCUUACAUGCUAAAGUGCAAUCUGUAGCACCACUUAUGAAGGAAGAGGAUUUACCACUCUCAGUCAAUGAAGCAGCUGCUCGCUUUCAUUCCCUUGUGUCUGUUAUUAAGGACCAUGUUGCCAAAAUGGAAUCCAUUUCAAACAUGCACCACCAGUGCCAAAAUGAAAAAGAAACCUGUGAUGAAUGGUGCCUGAAAAGUGAAGAAAAAGUCAGUUUGUGUUGUGACCUAACUGGCAACAAGACUGUACUCGCAGCUAAAGAAGAAAAAUUGAAAAUUUUGAAAGAUCAAUUACCAGAAGGUGGUAAGAAAAUAGAAAAUUAUGGUAAAAGUAUUAACAAAUUAUCCAAUCUAAUCAUUCCAAAAGAUUUUGAGCUUCUUGUCAAGGGUCAUGCUGGAUGUGAAAAGAAAUUUGAAGAUAUUUCCACCAAUGUGGAUGAAACAUUACGAGAAAUUGGUGAGAAGAUUAAACAGUGGGAGCUUUAUGAUGAAAAGUGCAAUGCCAUGACCAACUGGUUAGAAAGUAUGGAACAAAAGGUGAAGGACUUCUCCCUCAAAACAACUGUGGAAGAGAAAUCCGAGCAAAGAGAUAAAUUUCAGGCAUUACUCAAUGAGCUUCGUGCUCGAGAAGCUGAUUUCGAUGUUCUGUCUGAUGAGUCACAAGAGCUGAUUGCAUCUAGUGGAGAAAUGAGAAUUUCCAUGGGAACUUCACAGCUCACGUCUCGCUUCCAAUCUAUGCUUCUGACUUGCAAAGAACUCGCUAGGAAGUGUGAACAGCAUGUUACUGAUCAUCUGCAAUUCAAUGAAAAAUACAAAACAUGUUCUGAAUGGAUUGAAAAUGCUGCCUCACGAUUUGCUAAAGUCAACUCGAUGCCUUACAAUAAUUGUGAGACACUUACUCAGAAGCUGAACCUUGUUGAGGAUUUAUUGCAAUCUAAAGAUGAAGGGUUGAACUUGCUGAGUGCAACAUUGCAAUAUGGUGAACAGCUGCAAGUGGGCUCUUCUCAAGAAGGGUGGGAGACAGCCCAGGUGAUGAUGCAAAACUUACAAUCUGCAUUUGACAAGGUUUUCAAUGGUGCAUCUAGCCUGGAAAGGAACCUCCAAUCAACACAAUUCUCAUGGUCCGAAUUCGAUGAAUCAUUCCAAAGGCUCCAGCAGUGGACCGCAAAUUGCUCCAACAACUUCUCAGAUUCUCCAAAAUUAGGAUUGAACUUGGAUGAGAAAAAGAGCUUGUUGAGGCUUUACAAGGCAUUAUUGGUUGAUGUGAAGGGUCAUGAGCAAGCGAUAGAAGAUCUCCAAUUUGCUGUUGACAGUUUGCCCUCAUUAGACCAAAACAUUGAACAAAUCAUAAAAGAUUUGGCCUCCAAACACAAAAUAUUGAAAGAAAAUUGUGAGCAAUAUAUAACGUUUUAUGAAAAAUCCGUGAGUGACCAUGAGUCCUUCAACAAAGCAGCAGCUGAAUUGAAGAAUUGGCUAUCAUUUACUGAAUCUGUGAUAAUGGCUUGUAACGACACUAACUUAGACAGAAUAUCUUUACUGGCCAGUUUGCAAAAAGUUAAGAACAUCAUGGAAAGCUUUCCUGAAGAAGAUCCCAAACUGCGGUCCAUUGAGGAAUCUUUGCAACAAGUUCUGACGUCCACUCACAGAGACGGUCAUGAGAAUCUCUCAAAUGAACUGAAGGAUCUUCGCCACCUCUUCCAAUCGACAAUAAUGGCUGCCAGGCACUCUCAAGACUACUUAGAAGAUCUGCUGAAGCAAUGGACCGACUACGAGGCCAGGGUGAAUGAAGUUCAGGCCUGGAUGAAAGAUGUGGAAAGUACUCUGCAAUCCAUUUGCUACAAAGAGGGUCUGUCUGAAAAGCGAACUCAGCUGGACCAGUUAAAGAAUAUCCAGGGUGAAAUUCGAGAAAAAGAACUUGAAAUUGAUGCCCUCACAGACAAGAUCCAACAACUGCACCGAGGCCCCAGCAAAAGGAGGAUCAGUCAACUCAGUGAACUGGGAAUCCGUUAUCAACUUUUGGUCUCUCGAGCAAGGGAUAUUUACACCAAAUGGAAUCAAUAUGUCAUUGAUCAUCAAGACUUCUUAAACCAAGUGUCUGAAUUCCAAAAGGUGGUGACUGAAAUAAAGAGCAAGUUGGAGCAAUGUCACUCUCCAGGAGAAACACUGGAAGACCUCGAAGAAAAACUGACAACUGUUCAGGAUAUCCUAUGUGAAAAAGAAACGCUUGCAUCAAAGUUCCAAGUUCUCACCAGUAAAGCUCAGGUUGUACUGUCAACCACUGCACCUAUUGGACAUCAGCCUAUCAAUGAAGCUGUUCAAUCCCUUCAGGAGGAGCUUUCCACCAUAUCUCUGAAGGCUUCCUCCAUCAAGCUUUCUUUGGAAGAUUGCAUGCACCUUUGGGCCGAGUUCUCGUACAUGAUGAAGCAGGUUUCUAAGGUCACGGAUACUAUAGAAGCCACCUUGGCAGAGACAAAGAAGCUACAGUCAACUCUGCCCGAGAAAAAGUGUCUUUUAGACAAAGUCAAGAGUCUGCAACACAGAAUCUUACAAGAAAAGAUAGAAGUUGACAACCUUAGUCACCGAGCAGAAGAAAUGAUUGAGAAGGGUCCACAAUGUGUUUAUUCUUCAGAGGCACUGGAUGUAGUCCACAGGUUUAGAGCUGCUACAGAAAGUAUUAAUGCCCAAGUGCUUCAGAAUGAGCAGAAUUAUAAAAAUCAUCUAUCAUUCAAAAACAACUGUGGUAGCCUAGUGUCUUGGAUGCGUCAACUCCGGGAAAAAAUUCCACCUCUCACACGAUCAUUAAGUGAUCGUUUGAACCUUGAAGCCAGUGCAUCUGUAUUAGAAGACUUAUUGGCCAAAAAAGCUCAAGGCCAACUGAAGUUGGAUUCUGUUGUCCAUUCUGGUGAAGUUGCAAUGGCAACUAGCUCUGAAAGUGGAAAGAAAAUGAUAGCAACUGAUGUUGAAAACCUCACCUCAGAUUUCCAGAAUCUUUUUGUUGAAAUAACUGACUUGAAAGAUGAAUUAGAUAAUAUUUGCAUUCAACUGAGAGAGUUUAAGGAGGAGUAUGAACGUGUAGGAGAAUUUAUCCAAGUAAUGGAACAAGACAUAAAAGCCCAGAAGACUUUGCUUAAGGCAACUCUUGAAGAGAAAAAAGCAAUGGUUCAACACUGCAAGAGUUUGCUUGAUGAUUUGGAAAAGGGUAAAGAUUCAGUUGAGAAAUUAACAGCUAUCGCUCAAGGACUCCUAACUUCUCAUUUAGAUACUUACAUUAGAAACCAGUUAACUGUUGUCAACUCUAGAUAUCAAGUUACCUACAAUUUGGCAAAGGAUGUUUAUGACAAAGCUAGUCUUAAUUAUGAUGCCCAUAAAUUGUACAGUGAAAAACUCCAAGAAAGCUUAAAAUGGAUGGACAAGCACAAUGAAAGAAUAAAGAAAAUAGGUGAAGCUAAAGGCAGAAAGGAAGAUUUGGAAAAGCAGUUAGAAGAAAUCCAGGCUAUUUUAAGAAAACAGGAAGAUGGAUUAUCACUCAUUCAAUCUACCAUCACUGCUUCUGAAAAGGCAUCUCGUUGCUCUAAUCAAGCAGGCAAAGAUAUCAUUGCAAAAGAAAUACAUGAUAUGCAGUCUCGAUGGGAUCGAUUGCUUCUCACCUUAUCAGAGAGCAAAAUUUCUCUGGAAACUGCAUUACUUCAAUGGGCAGACUACACAUCUUCAGAAGCAAAACUGGUUAAAUGGUUGAAUGAACAUGACCAAAAGCUCAGUGAAGUGAAGAAAAUGAAUUUGCCCCCUGCUACAAAGGAAAAUGUUAAUCAGAGGCGAGCCAGGCUGAGAAAAGCAAAUAGCAUUGUUCAAGACAUUGAGUCCUUUGAGCCAAUGAUAGAAUCUGUGAACUCAAAAGCUGAGCAGCUACAACAGGGAAUAUCUCCGGGUAUUCAGGAAAAGUAUCAAGUUCUGGUUCAAGAAGCUAAGGGCUUCCGUGAUCAACAGAAAAAUGUGAUGGACAUGGUUGAACAAUUUGUUGAGGCAUGUAUAGAGGUUUCAAAGUGGUUGAGUGCCUCAAGAGAAAAGUUGAGCAAGUGCGCAACGCCCUCUGGCGACCGAGAUGUCUUAAGAGAGAAGACUAGCAAAAUAAAGGUUCUCCAAUCAGAAUUGGACGAAGGUCUCGAAAAGCUUCGCCAUGCUGCUCGUUUCGGAGAAAUAGCAAAAGCCAGUGUGGUGGAGGAAGAGAAAACAAUGAUUGAUGAAGAGCUUGCCAGAAUGCAAGAAGAGUAUGAUGUGCUGAAGGAAAGUGUAGCAGAAAUCAAAAUUUCUCUUGAUGUUGGGCUUGUUAAAUGGAACGAAUAUGAUGAACAGUUCGAAAAGUGUUCUCAGUGGCUGAUUGAAAUGGAACCUCUUGUACAAUCUUAUGCAAAGCCACAAGUUGAUCUGCUUUCAAAGAGGGCUCGUCUGCAGGAAUUUCAGGAUCAUCUACAAACUAUAUUUGAUUGGCAGAGUGAAUUUGAUAAGCUGAACAUGAAAGCCCAGCUUCUUCUAGAGACCUAUUCUGAUUCAAGUAUAUCGAAUGCAUUUACUCAACUUUCCCGAAAGUAUGGAGCCUUAGUCUCAUUUUCAAAGGAAAUCAUGCACCAACUUGAGCACCACUUCCAAGAACACCAACAGCAGCAGUGCAUGUACAGCGAGUGCAUUGAAUUGAUUGAUGUUUCUCGUGAACGGCUGAAUGAUUGCAGCAGGCCAUCAAGUAGCAUUGAUGAGAUCAAUGCGAAACUGAGCAGCCUGAAAGCUUUGGCCAACAGCAUGGACCAAGGGCAAAACAAAAUACGUUAUACGAUGGAAUUGACCGACAAAGUCAUUGCCAACACCGAUCCAGAUGGUUUGAGUAGCAUCAAGGAAGAUGCGGACAACCUGAAAACAGAUUUUGAACAACUUCUGAAGGAUAUUUCUGAAAUGCAGGUUAAUUUGACUGAAAGAUUAGCUGUGGUUGGGGAGUUCAACAAGAUUUUGAGGCAGUUCAAAGUUUGGCUGGAUGAAAUAGAAAGUGAAAUAGAGGCUACUGGAAAGCAGGAACUGAAUUCUCUGAUUGAGAAAAAAUCCGUUCUCGAGAAAUAUAGUUCCAUUUUAAAAGAUAUAGAAAGCCAUGAUGCAAUAGCAAAACGAUUGGAAAAUGAAUCUACUGAACAUCCCGUACUUCUUGAAGAAAUCAAAGAGUCAUUAGAUAAAUAUCAUAAUUUCUUAAUGAUAUCUCAAACAUGUACUUCUCAACUUGUGCAAGAAAUAAAUGAAAUAGAAAAAUAUAAGGAUGUUUACUCAGCUGCUGAAACAUGGUUAAGAGACAUCAAAUUGAAGUUGAACAGUAUUGGGUUUCAAGGCAACAGCAAAGCAGCUAUUGAAGAAAAGAUCAUUGAAUUUGAAACAGUGAAACAAUCUCUUCCCCAAGGUGAAGAACUGGUAAAGAAUUCUUGUAAACUAGGAAGUACCGUGAAAAACAAUUUUGGAAUGCUAGGAUCAGAAAGAAUCGUUAGCGAGUGUGAUGCUUUGUCAUCUGCUCAUGAAGAGGUCCUGAUGUUAGUUAAAGAGAUCGAUUUUGGUUUGAAACGGUGUCUCGAUGCCUGGGAAGAGUACGAAAUUUCAAGAAAUGACUUGGAAGAAUGGUUGAGGAAUGUGCAGAACAAAGCUAAGCCAUACAUGGAAAGUAGUGAUGAGUGCACUGACACAGAAAGGCUUGAGAAAUUAAGAGAAAUAUAUCAAGAUGUUACUGAACACAAAAUUGAUGUAGCUGCACUAAGCACUGCUUGUGAGAACUUAGUGGAGAUCAGUUGUUAUUCUGCAGCUCGAGACCAAACAGUUUUGAUAUCUACCAAUUACAAUUCAUUCUCAUCAAAUCUUUCGGACAUCAUUAAUAAAUUAGAGAAAUACAUUUGCAAUCAAGGGGAGUUUUCUGAAGCCAGGAAAGAGUUUUUCUCUUGGUAUAACCAAGCAAAAUCUGUGAUAGAUGAUAAUUUUAUACUUAAAGGCAGUCAAGAAUUGCUUCAAGAAAGAGUCGAAAAUAUUAAAGGUCUGACUGCAUCAAUCCCUGAAGGUCAAAGACUGCUUAAUGUAGCAUGUGAAUCCAGUUCAAAAGUUCUAAGAGUUUUGCCUGAACCUGCAAAGUUGGUCGUUCAAGAGGAAACACUGGAUAUGAAAAUUAAAUUUGCAGAUUUAGAAAAACUUUUGACAGAAAGUAUUAGUGCCUUAUCAUCAGUUAUAACAAGACUUCAGGAGUUUGCCAUUAAUAAAAGCAAGUUUAGUGACUGGCUGGAAAAUGUUACUCAAAAAAUCCCAGACACAAUUGCAACAAAAGGGGAUUUAAUUGAAAUAAGGACAAAAAUUGAAAACUUAAAGCAAAUUCUUGCUGAUGUAGAAAAUCACAAGCUUCUUCUAGAAGGGCUUCAAUCAGAAGCUUCUGAAUUAGCCCAAAAAAUAGGUGAUGAGAGCGAAUCUUCUGUCUUGGAUGGUUUGUCUGAAAAAUUCAAAUCUUCACAUUCAAAAUGCAAAGAAUUACUAUCUCAAUUAGAAAAAGAACUAUCUGAUAUUCAAGCGUAUAACAAUGCACUUCAAGAAAUAGAGAAGUGGUUGUUACAGAUGUCUUUUCAUCUUAUGUCUCAUCAUUCUUUGCAAAUUACUAACUUAUCUAAAACAAAAGAGCAAAGUGAAAAGCAUCAAGUUCUGCUGAGAGAGAUACAAUCUUUUCAAGCUACCAUCGAUGAUUUGAAGUCUAAAGGUUCUUUAUUGAACAGCAAAUAUAGAGAACAAGCUCCAAAACUGGAAUCUCAAAUAAAUCAGCAAAUAAACAAUGUUCAAGAAAGCUAUGAUUCUCUUUUGCUAACUGCUGAAAAUAUUCAGGCACAGUUGGAAGAUGCAUUGUCUAAAUUCAAAGCGUAUGAGGAUAGUCUUCUUCUGUGUGAAAAGCUUCUCAAUGAAACGAGACCAUUCGUUUCUAGUGGCCUUAAACCUUCAAGAUUUUCAUCUCAUGAAGCCAAGGAUAAGCUUGAUUUUGCAAGAAAUAUUUUGAAGAAUUUAAACAAUGGCAGAGAAAAAUUGCAAGAAGCAAUUCAAGGUUGUAUUGAAGCAACUUCAUCUAUCAGCAGACCUUCUAGCCCAGAUGUAGGCUUUGCAUCAUCUUUGCCCGAGAAAGAGAUGCAAAUAAAAAUUCAAUUGCAAGAUUACAUAGAACAAAUUCAAGCUUUUGUCUCUGGUCUGGAAGACAUUGUUAGAGAAUGGGAAAGCUUAUGUGAGCUGAAAGCCAGUCUUGAAAAGUGGAUCUCAGAGAAGGAAGAAUAUGUAUCAGCUAUGGAAAUGAAGCCUUUGGCUUUUAGCGUAGAAUCUAUACUAUCUCGUAUUCAUGAACUAGAAGACAUAAGAAUUCAAAUAACAGAAAAGAUAUGCAGUGUAGAUAAUAUGGAGAAAAAAUCUAAACAAUCUGUGGACGUUCAAGCUGCUAACCUAUUACGAAAAAAGUUAAACGAUUUAGAUGCACGGGUAAGUCAAUUAAUUAACAAAUGCAUAUCAGAAAAAUUAGCAGUUGAAGAAAUGAAAGUGCUUUUUACUGAGAUUGAGGCUCAAAUUAAGUUAGCUGAUGAAAAAUUAGAUGCCAUUGAGAAACAAACUAAUGCAGGAAUGUCCCAAAAGAAACAACUUUGGCAGCAGAGUUCUGAUGAUCUGAGGCAAAUUGAUAUGCUUAUAACCAAAAUAAAGAACAUGACCUUUAACUUAAAUGACCUCUCUGAAGAAAGUCAAAUGGAUCUGAUAGAUAAAAUUGGUUCUUUAGAAAAGAAAUUGGAAAAUUUGAGAAACAGAUGCUUGAGAAAAAUUCAGAGCAUUGAACUUUUGCAGACUAACCUUAAUGCAUUCUCAUUAGAGUUAGCAUCCAUUAAAGAUUGGAUUAAUGAUAAAAAAUACCAGUUAAAUACUUUGCCCAAACCAGGAUACCAAAUUCAAGGUAUUGAAAGUGCCUUGCAAGAAGUAAAAUCUCUGCAACGAGAAACUUUGAAUAAAGAAAUCGUAAUACAGUCUGCAGAGAAGAAAGUAGAGACUGUUGCAGUUGAUAUUGAUCAAAGGGAAGUUGAUACUCUACAUACAGAAAUGAAAGAAAUCAAGGUAAAAUUUCAUGAAUUAUGCAAGGCUAUAGAUGAUUGUACAGAAAAGUUAAACAACCUCCUUUCAAAAAGUAUGCAGUUUGAAAAAGAACUGAAUGAUAUUCGACAGUGGUUAUUGGAUAAGGAACAAUAUCUAUCUAGGAUUGAGUGGAAACUCAACAGCAUGGAGGAUUUACAAAAUACAAAGUCUAUAUUUACUUCUGAAGAAUUGAUUGUUAAGAAAUAUGAAGAAACUUUGGUGUCGGAAAUGUACAGACAUGCUGAUGAUUUUGAUGAAAUUUGCAAUAACGAUGAUCAAAGAUUUUUACAUUCUGUAAUUGAGGAAACUAAGCAUCACGUAACGAAAAUCAAAAAGUUGCUUGAAAAAAAAGUAGAUGAAGCAAAUAAGUUAAUAUCUGAACGAAAGGCUUUAGAUGAAUUGAUGGAAAUAGUACGAUCUUGGGUGAACAAAAGUGAAUUGACUUUGUCUCAUGAGCUCCGUCUAGAUGCUUCAAUUGAGGUGAUUGAAGAGCAAAAAGCAAGUUACAGAUCAUUGUUAGAUGAAAGUCAAAAAGUAAAUGAAAAGAGUGUAGAAUUGCAACAUACAUCUGAAAAUAUAAUCAGGAAGAUGCGGGAUGCAGAGAAAAUACAGUUGCAAAAUGAUUUGAAAAUACUUAGAGAGAAAGAACAUAGAUUGGAAGACAGCCUGCGUGAGAGACUGCAGCAAUUAGAAAAUGCCCUUGCCCAGUUGAAGAUGCAGAAGAUGAUUCUUGAUGAAAGCAUGAGGAAACUUGAAGAGAUUAAGUCAAAUCUUCAGAAGCUGGAUAAACCUCUUGGACCGUCUGUAGCAGAUGCUGAAAAUGCAAUUGAGAAUUAUGAAAAAAUCCUUUCCCGACUAAAAGAGUCCAGAGAAAGGAUAUUAAAUGUGAAACCGUUAGGCAGCUUUGUAGAUGAUUUUGGGAAUCUGCAAGUUGAUUACAGCAAAACUAUACAGUCUGUAGAAGAUAAAUGUGCCAAAGCGAAGAAUUCCUGUGCAAUUAGAGAAAAGUACCACACUCUAAUCAGGGAAAUUACAGAAACUGUUUCUUCAUGCAAUGAAAAUCUGACUUCACUUUCCAAGGAAACCACACCUGCAGAAGGCAAACUGCUGAAAUAUCAAGUUAUUCUUGAUGAGGUUAAUCAGUGUGAAGCUAAGCUUACAAAAGCAGCUGAUAAAGGUGAACAAAUCGCCAAAGAAGGAACUGCCACAGAUUGCAAUAAAAUAAUGGACCAGUUGCAGAAUCUGAGAAACAAAAUUAAUGAACUUAAGAAGACGGUAAACAAUCUAAAAACCGAGCAUGAGAAUGUGAUUGCUGAACAACGGAAAAUUAUUCAUGACUUGGAGAAUAUCUUGGAAAAGUUGCAUACUGGUCUUUCGUUUAUGCAGUCUCAGCCUCUUUUGACUUUGCCUCCAAAUGAAGUUCAACUGGAAAUUACCAAACAUAAGGAAUUAGCUGCAGAAUUGCAAAGAAGUCUUAGUGAUGCUUCAAAUCUUCAAAGUCUGGCUAAUAAAGAACUACAAACCUCUUUUCUACCUGCUUCCUUCGUAGAGCAGCUGGAAGAAUGUACCUUGUUGCAGCAGACUUUACCAGUUGCUAUUGAAGAGCAAUACCAGUACUUGAAAACCUCCCUAACUCAUAGAAAAGAAUACGAAAGUUUGAAAGAUGGCCUGAAUCGUUGGUUGCAUGGUGCUGAGAAGUUGCUGGAGUCGCCUAUUGGUGUGGAUUAUCCAAAUGUGAACUAUAAACAUAAGGAGCUGCAGACAUACUUCAUCGAUAUAAGCUUGCAAGAAAAUCAGCUGACAGAGCUGCAAAAAAUGGGCUCUCAAAUUCGACCAACUUUACAAGAGAGCCAGGUGCCUCUGUUGGAUACUGAAAUCGACAUUCUCAAAAAGAAAAUGAACAAAAUCUUGAACUUGGCCGACAAAGUGAUUACAGAAACAGAGGUGGAUUGCAUUUUGUGGAAAGAGUACUUGGAGCACUUGGAAAAAGCAUCUGAUUUGUUGAAAACUGCAGUUCCAGAUGAAAAACCCACGAAUAUUUCUUCCUUGAAUGCUGCCAUCAAGAGGUUGACCAAUCUUCUGCAUGAGAUCCAGAGAAACCAGAUUUUGGUGAACGAGUUAAAUGAAAAAGCUAGAGCUUUGGAUCGCCGUGCGGAUCGACCGUCGGCUGAUCUAAUCAACAAGCAUGUCUCCAGCGUCAAUAGUCAGUGGCAAGAGAGGCUGUGUAUUUUAGAGAAUCAGCUUGCAGCUUUGACAGAUGUUCUCAAUCAGUGGGAGGUUUAUUCAGAAAUUGAUAAUAAUAUCCAGAUUUCACUGAGGGAAUGUGAAACCCAGACUUGA